AUGAUAACAGCAUCACACAGCGACGGCCCUAUUACACCGCCAGCCACGCCAUUAUGGAAUCAAUCAUCCGCCAAGUUUUCAAGCAACAUACCCAUUCCAAUGAACAGCACCACCACAUCGUAUCCCAGCCCUACCACAUCUUCCUCAAGAUCCUCAUCUUCAGCCUCGCUUCGACCUUCAUUUUCAACAAGAUCCACCUCAAUUCGAGAGAAUGUACAGGUCAUGGUACGAUGCAGACCUCGAUCUGAAAAAGAGCUAGAGUACGAUGAAGAGCCUUGCUGGUUAAUCAGUCCUGAAGAGGGAUUAAUUGAGCAAGCCAGAUUGAAGACUCCAAACAGUAUUCGGGCCUUCUACUAUGAUGUACAAGGCUGGUAUCCUCGAUCUUGUGAGAUCCGCCAUGAUGGGUUACAAUGGCACUGUAUUUGCGUAUGGUCAGACAGCCAGCGGAAAGACUUAUGUACCGAAAAGGAGCCGGGCGUCAUACCCCGUGCAGUGCAAGACGUCUUUUCCUACAUUGAAGAGGAUACCAAUGGAAGAGAGUAUCUACUGCGAGUGUCUUACAUGGAAAUCUACAAUGAAAAGAUCAAGGAUUUGCUAUGUGUCGAGAAUACAAGCCCCGAGAUCAUUGAAGACAAGAAAGGUGUUUAUGUGCGUAAUCUCAAAGAAGUCAUUGUCAAGACAUCAGAAGAAGUGAUGAACUGCAUCAGAGAAGGCGAAGGCAACCGACAUAUCAGUGCAACAGAUUACAAUGUACGCAGCAGUCGAUCGCACACCAUCUUCCAACUGGUCAUUGAGAGCCGCUCCAAGGGAAUCCCAACUAGUGCUAAUAGAGGUGUCCGGUUAUCUCAGUUGAAUCUGAUUGAUUUGGCCGGUUCUGAAAAAGUAGCUACCGAUGUAGAACGAAGAAAGGAAGGCGCCUACAUCAACAAGAGUUUGCUAACCCUAGGAAACGUUAUCUCCAAACUCACAAGCAAUGAGCCCGCUUCUCAUAUUCCCUUUCGAAACUCGAAACUGACUCGUAUCUUACAGGCUGCUCUGUCUGGCAAUGCAAGAAUCUCUGUCAUUUGCACCAUCAAUCCAACGUUUGCCUCUAAAGAUGAGUCACUCAACACACUACGAUUUGCUCAGCGUGCAAAAUUGGUCAAAACUGCAGCCAAAAUGACCCGAAUUCUGGAUAAUUCAGAGCUACAAAACUGCCUCUUGCAGAUUGCCAAACUACAAACAGAGAUGCAAGAGAAAAAUGAUUUGGAAGCUGAAACUAGGGAAAGAUUGACCAACUUGUUGGGUUUGAUCCUGACCAGCUCCAAAGACCAUGGCAGUAAUGAAGGCCGAGAAGGCAGUGACAUGUAUGCUCGACUGUCCAAUAUUACUUCAGAGGACUUGAAGAAUGAUGCCACUAUGAGAGAUGUAGUUGCUCGCUGUGAAGAAGGCAUUGCAGCACAAGUAACAGCACACAACAAGCAGAUGGCCAAAAUGACCAAUACGUUGGAGUCAAUGCAAGACAUGAUCCAAGUAAUGGAAGCUGCCAGUGACAAACAACAAGAUGCUCUUGUUAAAAGGGAUGCUCAUAUUGCUAAACUAGAGCAAGAACUAGCCCAAGCCAAGGCCAGCGCCACGAUGAGACCUUCCAAGAUGCCUGUAAGUGGACCCUCCACAUCGACCUCAUCAACCACCGCCAAGAAGCCUGCCUCUGGCAAUCUCAAAAAGACAAUGACACCAUCUGCACCCAAUUUAGACAUGUUGACACCUGCUAUUCAACUGGCUACACAGAAAAUCACAGAAGCCAUCUCAAAUGGUCUACAAUUGGACACAAAUAGUAACCUGGAUGAUGACGACUAUGACAUGUUAUCAGCAUCAUCAUCAACUGAUCAAUUGCCCUCUGCUGAUAUUUCAACAGCUAUUCAUUCCAUUAUUCGUAAAGCGCUUUUUUCUUCCUCUUCCUCACAUACAAACAACAACAACAGCGACAACACUAUGAGUCAACACGACAUUGACUGUGACACGUCUGCCAUUACUCACGCUAUUCAAAAUGCAUUUCAAAAUGCAGCUGCCACCGAAGCUGCGGCCCCUUCGACUACGAGUGGCGACAAUCAUACCACUGAAUUUACCCCUAUUCAAGAAGCUGUUUCAUUCGUGCAAUCUUCUAUAUCGAGGAGCUUUGUUAUGGAGUCUGCUGUAUUCAUUGAAGAGAAAGAACCUGUUGCUAGUAAUGUAGAGGAAGCUGAUUUACCCCAACUGGUGCAAGAGGAGGAGGAUUUUAGUGGUGACGAUGCCGCCUUCUCCGAGACAGAUGCCACUGAUGUACUUACUGAAGAUGAAGAGGAAGGAGAAUUUUCAUCUGUAGAAGAACUCGUCCAGCAUGUAUUGGAUAAGCGUGAACUCUUGCCUAGCAACAACAAGUCCAAAGUGCCUCCACCGCAUUACGAGCCUUAUACAGCCUCCAUCAGACAACCCUCUGUUUUACCCAUCCUCUUUAAUCGCUGGACACUCUUUGCUGCUAUUGUAUUCGUCUUGUCUCAAUGGUCCUAG